AUGUCCACGACACUAUGGAAAGAAUUCGGCCACGAUGGAGUAAUUGCGGCACGUGAAGAUUUCGUAGGAUAUGGAGGCACAAUGGGGAUUUUCUACGAGAACAUCUGGUUAUUUGAUUCUUGUGUGGAUCUGCUUGAUGCUCUUAUUUUGGGGAGAAAUAAGGAUGAGACUAACAACCUGAAUAUCCAGGAAACCGUGAAAUUAUCUUCUCUUGUAACUGGUAAAUGCUUAUUGAAACACCAUCCAAUAAAAUGGUCACCCUGGGAUCUAUGUCAGCUGAAUUUCUUUACAAAAAUGAUUUAUAUCCUUGCCACUCAAGGAUCCAAAGCCACGGUCACCCCUGAGCUCAGAAGACUGGAGGGGGAUGCUGCCCUUAGGUUAUUCAGAUCUCUUCUAAAAGCAGUUAACACUUCUCUGAAAUCUGUUUCCAUUACUUAUGAUGAGUUGAUGCAAUGUUUGAACACAAUUAUGAGGUUCUUGGGGAAACUAUGUGAAAACUUGACUUUAGAAGAUAGUUGUAUUGAUGAUUCAUGCCUUAUUAGCCUUCAAUUUUUAGAGAUGGCAUCUAAGGGGCUAGAACCCUCCAUGUUACGAUCUCCCCUUUACAAAGUGACAUUAGACCUCAAGUGCAUAGAAAAAUUAAAACCUGCUGAUGAGGUUAGAAGUGUAAUAGUGGAAGGUAUCUGCCUUGAUAAUAAUGUGGACAUGGCUUCACCAGUCGUGUAUUUGAGUAGACUCUAUUUUUAUGUGGUAGUGCAUUCAACUUUACAGGCACCUGAUUGUGAAUCCAUAUUACUAUCAAUGAAUGGACAUGUGAAGUUUUUAUUAACCUUAGGUGAUCCUCUGGAAGUUCUUCAUGCAUUUAUUGGGUUACUGUAUAAACACAAAGUAUUCAAUUGUUUAAAGAUUUGGAUAGUUCUAGCGAACUGUCUGAAAGACUACAUAGAUGGUAGAAGGGAUCUGUUGGUGCUGAAUAUGGAGUUAGACAACCUUGGUUAUUCUGUAGUAUUAUAUUUCUUGUCAUACCCAUUUGCUUUAUGCUCUUUCCCUCAUAUUAAGGUUGAGAUUCAUGAUGUUAUUGAACUGUGGGAGUUGCUUUUUGUUUCUGUGAGCCAUUCUUUACAAUCUGAGGGUUCCCGAGUGAAGAGUUUCUCCGAGGAUCUGUGCUCAAUAUUGAAUGGAUUCUUUGAUGAAAUUGGACUAGCAGUUGGCAGUGUAGAGAAUCAGGGGUUUCUUACACUGUAUGAAAACAUUAUCUUGUAUUUCCUUGAGCAAUUAACUUUGAGCAUAAGCUUUAAAGGAAGCAAAAACAUGGAUUGUGAUGGCAGAAUUUGCAGUAACAUGAAGAAUAGCAUGGAGUUAGCAGCUCGGUUUAUGAAACUGUUCCUGGUUAAGAAAGGGAUCGAUGCACCGGCAAAGCUCUCUGUACCAUCAAGGUUUUUGUCAGCAUUGAUACACUUUGUUAGCUGUCUUCACCAGAUGGAAGAUAUCGUUACAUUAAUUAAGGAAAUGUCCACUCCAUUGCUUGGGUGGCUGUCAGACAUUUGGCAGAAAGGAAUAACCAAAAAAGAGACAGCCAAGAAAUAUCACAACAGGGUACAAAAGAAAUUUUACGACGUGUUUGGUACAGAGUAUGAUACGAUGGAUAGUAUCAUCAAUAAGGAAGUUACAAUCUUGUUAUUAUACUGUACAAACGAUAAACCAGAUGCAAAGCUUCCACUUUCACAAUCUAUUGCUUUAAGAGCUUCCACCUAUUCUGUAAAAUGGAUCUUGUUGCUCACUCUCUUGAUAAAACUCAGCUCUGAUAAUUUAUACCGCAACAGAUUUUAUAUGGUACAGCAUUAA